AUGGGUCCGUUGAACAUGGCCGAUACGAGCUUUCUGACGGAUCUCUUUCUCGCCCUUAUCGUUCUGACAUCUACGAUCCUUAUCCUGAUGCUGGCUUACCUCGUCAUCCGCCUCAUCAACCGACACAAGAGAAAGGCCAGUCAACAACCAGCCCAAGAGCCCGCUCUACUCGAUCUCGAAUCCGGUCGAGAGUCCCGCCUAUCGCAUCGCCUUUCGCGGCAACAAAUACAACAAGAGCACUACGAAGACCUACAGCAGCGCUACUCAUCCGUACCGCCAUCACCAUCAAUCGAAUUACUCCCCGAGAUCAAGACGAGCGCAAGUGAUGACAGAGCGAGCGAGUGGUUGGAGCGCGGAGUUACGGACGAAGGUAUCAAUGUGGUUCAUGGGGAUUUGGGGGAGAAGAAGUCGGAGAUGAUACAGGCGGUGGUGGUUAGGCCGAAGAAACAGUUGAGAUGGGAGUGGAGGGAUGGGAAGGUGGAUAACGGCGCUGUACCGAAGAGAUCUAGGGUCAUUGAACGGACGGAUAAGGAUGGGAUCGUGUGUAGGGAGUAUCGGACGGAAUGA